CACCGUGAACUCCAACAUGAAUGCACAAGCUAGAAGGGAGGUAGUGACUAAAAAUGCACAAGGUGAUGUGGAGAAAAAGGUUGAAACAAUAGAUUACCGGUCAUCGGCAGGGCAAGGCGCAGAGAUUAGGAAUGUGCAGGUGGUUCACCAGUCCCAUCCCAAGGAAAAUUUGAACACUAGUGGCGGUGUCUUGUCUAAUGCCGCAGCUUCUGUGGCAUCCACCCUAGAGUCUGCCAAGGAUGCUAUCACCAAAAACUGACUGCAAAAUAUGUUUGGAGCUCUCUUUAUUAUCACAUCUUAAUUGAAAAUUAUUAGUGUCUUGAUCAAUCCUCUAUAUAUUAAAUUUUGUUCUGUAA